UUCAUAUGUAUCUAGACGCAAACUUUGAAUCAUUCAUCAACGCAAUCUAAGUACAAAUAUAGAUCUCACUGCAAUGUUUCAAGCACCAACCUGAUCAUCAUCAAAACCAUUUCAUCCGUAGUGGUCAAUGGCGGCUUCUCCGUUGGUGGUUCAGAAAACAGAGGAGGAGUGGCGUGCGGUUCUUUCUCCGGAGCAGUUUCGUAUUCUUCGUCAAAAAGGCACUGAAAAGCCAGGAACUGGAGAAUAUGACAAGUUUUUCGAGGAAGGAAUCUUCGAUUGCGUAGGAUGCAAGACUCCUCUUUAUAAAUCAACCACGAAGUUCGAUUCCGGAUGUGGCUGGCCAGCUUUCUUUGAAGGACUCCCUGGUGCCAUAAACCGAACCCCUGAUCCAGAUGGGAGAAGAACUGAGAUCACUUGUGCUGCGUGCGAUGGACAUUUAGGCCAUGUUUUCAAAGGAGAAGGUUACGGUAAUCCAACCGAUGAACGUCAUUGCGUUAACAGUGUUUCGAUCAGUUUUAACCCGGCAAAAUCUUCCUCUAUAAUCUGAGGAUAUGAUUGAUCGAUCAUACAACAUCUUCUAAUCAGAUUGUGUUGUUAAAAUUGUCAUCAUGUAGUGAAUAUGCACUUUCUGUGGUGGUCAAUAUAAUGCAACAAAUAAUAAGACUCAUUAGAUAUUGGAUGGUUACUGGUUUCUCUUAAUAUGUUAUAGAACAUUUAAUAACGAUUUAAUUAUCUAAGGGAUCAUUACUAGUGUUUCUUAA